CCAGACAGCAAGAUCAUAUCCAAAUUAGCUUCCAAGCAGAAAAACAGCACUGUAUUUCACCCACUGCUGUCUCGAAAAACAAAUCGUCCCUUUGCCUCUGCCUCACAAGAGUGAGGGUUUUAGGGGCAAAUGGCUGGAAAAUGCAAGGAGGGUGAGGACCUAGACAACUUGACCAGAUCAUGUAUACCCUGUCGCAUCCUGUGUCACCAGCCGACUGCAAAACCCAGAUGUGCUGUUUCCUGCGAGGUCGCCCUCUGCAAGGCUAAGCCGGGCCACUACUAUGACAGGCUGGUGAGGAGAUGUAUAAAGUGUGCAGAGAUAUGUGGUAACCAUCCAGCAGAGUGCUCCAAGCACUGCCCAACUCCGCCACCUCUUGUGACGACCAAAAGUCUCCUGCAGCCCGGGAACCCCAGUCUGACUCCGGGGACGUUAGAACCCAACACCCUGCUGUACGCCGCCCUGGCCGUGUGCGCGGCAUUGCUGCUGUCCAGCCUGUGUCUCGCCUCGCUUGUGUUGCUUAGGAGAAGGAGGGCCAAAAACUCAAACACGAAACCCGCCAGUACCACGAACACCACAGAUCAAAAGCGGAAGUGUGCCGUUCAGGCAGAGCAGGAGUCUGGCUGUCCAGGAAGUCAGGCAAGGAGAACCCCCAACGAUUUCCUGCCAAGCUCGAGCUAUCCCACCUACCACGAACCGUCAGAGGACUCCUACCCAACAGAAAGCGUGCACUGCUUCCCCGAUCUCAGGGGGCUCAGCCACGACGGCGGCCGGCCGCAGAGAGCACCGUACUCCUUCUACCAGCAGGGCAUCCUUCACAGAGCCCACAUCCAGAACGGAGGUUCCCCGUGGACCAGGGCGGGCCAGGCUACGGCAGGUCCGGAGGUCCAGCCCGAGGCAGCGGUGGGAUGAGGUCCGUCGGCAGAAAUAGAGUGGGGGCGAUUUCUGCCUGGGAUAUCAGAGGUUGCCAUUUAACACACGGUUGAUCGACAUGGGCAUGUUUGUUGGUAAAAUGUGGAAUUUUUUUUUUUUUUUGAGCUGAAAUAUUUUAGCUCUAAGAAGCAACCAUGGAUCAAACUAGAUCUGUAGCAUACGCAUGGAACUAUAACUUUUAAGGGGCAGUUUUACCUCAUGUUUCUCGCAAUACAACUUCUAUUCUGACAUUUUUCUAUGUAAUUCCUCUCUGACGACACUUGUAGAGCAACCAGAUGACUGACUAUGGUUACAGUGCCCUACAAAUAUAAGUUUGUCACAUUUUGGCAUUUUUUUUAUAAAAUUCUUUUCAGACAGAACAACAAAAACUAGUGAAUAAUAGUGAUGUGGAAGGAAAAUUACAGUCUUUAAUAGAAAUGUACAAAUAUAACUCUGAAAAGAGUGGCAUGCAUAUGUAGCUAGUCCCCUUUACUCUGAUACAGCUAAAUAAAUUCUGCUUCAACCAGC